AACACCAAUCGAGUUUGUUACCUUUCAAAGCUUCUCUACACUUCAAUACUUUCCAACAUGGAUGCCGUUUUCGGCCAAAGGCCUAUCAAUUUGAAAGCCUUAACUACUUUCUCCAAUCUUAAUGCCGGUUCAAAAAAGCAUCUAAAGAGUGUUUACUCUUGCCUAAUUAUCUCCAUGAUUGCUGCUGGAGCAGGUUCAAUGGUCCACUUGUACUUCAACUUCAUAAAGGGUGGACUUUUAAGCUGUAUACUGUCUCUUGGGUUCCUUCUUUUGCUCGGUAUAACACCACACGAUGGUGGAAAAACACAACUUAGACGUCUUGGAUAUCUUUGUGGAUUUUCCUUAACAGCUGGCUUAGGACUUGGACCUCUUCUUGAAAUUGUAUUGGAAAUCGAUCCAAGUAUUAUCCCCACUGCGUUCUUGGCAACAACUUUAAUCUUUGUUGGAUUUACCCUUUCUGCCUUAUGGGCUGAAGAACGCAAGUACUUAUACAUGGGAGGAACCCUCAUGUCAUUACUAUCGACAUUAUGCUUUCUUGGUUUUCUAAACAUCUUUCUGGGAUCACAAUUGCUGUUCAAUAUUAAUUUAUAUAUGGUCUUGUUCGUCAUGUGUGGCUUUGUUUUAUACGAUACUCAGCUCAUCGUAUAUAAGUUCCAGCAGGGAGACCAGGAUUAUAUCUGGCAUUCAGUCGAUCUCUUCCUGGACUUUAUUAACAUUUUCCGUCAGAUCCUUAUAAUUCUGGCUAAAAAUAACAACAGAGAAAAAAAGAGAAAGGAAUAAGCAGAAAAUCAAAGAAAAGUGCUACUAACUUUUAUUGAUGUGUCGCCUCAUCCUAUAGAUUUAUUUCAUGCUUCUUACGUAACAACCAUUACGAUUUCAGUAAUACCUGCUUGCGUUCUCUUUCGUAUUA